AUGCUGAUUCCAAGCUACCGAACCUGGCAAACAAGGACUUUUCUCGUUGCCUCCUUGGCUGGCGUUCUCUACUUUGCGUGGGAAGGCGCGCCAUGCCAUGCAACAAGAAAGGGAGAGAUGUACUACCUCUUCAUGUGCGUGUCAGUCAUGACAGUGGCCCUGGUCCUCCGCAGCCACCACGAAGCCUGGGCCGCACAAGCAGAAGAGGGAAACUGGUUUUUCGCCCCCGGGGACCAGCGCCCCUUCGCGAAGAAUGUAGCCGAGGAUCACACCAGUCAAAUGGCACACCGCAUCGCCGUGGAGCUCGAUGGGCACCUCAGAGGCUUGGUCGUCCGUCGCGACCGGGGAAUUCUCAGCCCCACAGUCUUUCCAAUGAUGGUUUUCCCACUGCUCUUCGUGCAGCAGGAGACGCUCGUUUACUUCGGCGUGGCACAGGUGAUGAACUUUCCUGCCAAGAUCGGCGCGCCUUUGGUGGGCCUAUGUUGGGCAUUGCUAGAGAUACCACGGCUCUGCAGAAGGGUUGCAAACAUGGCGAAGGUUCAGGAGUUGCUGUCCAACUUGCUCGAACAUGGGGACGCCGCCCUCGUUUGCGAGGUCUACCGGAGAGUGAACAUGGCCAGCCUGCUUCAGGCCACUGACUACGAAGUACACGAGCUGCUGGUCGAGAAAGCCUUGGACCAAGGAAUGCUGAAUGCACUGGCAAAGGCUGUCUUGCUGAAUGGGAUGCAGAAGUACGGGAUCUCCAGAAGGCGCUUGGACUACGUGCUGGAUCUGAUCCAGAGCUGCAAGGCUGCAGAACUGACGGAGUUGAAGGGCUUCUUGGACAGCACUGGAGACUACAACAGUUUGUACAAAUUGGUGUACGUCGACAUCAAAGAUUCAAGCGCCCGCGAUCAGGUUCUAAGCCAUAUCCACACGCAGUCGUGCAUCGCCAGGAGGCAAGCCGGCAGAGCGGUUGGCAUCAAGGUUCUUAGCGACAUCGAUGACACCCUGCUUUGCAGUGGCGGCAAGUUCCCGGCAGGUUGUGACGAUCGGAUACCUCAGCACAUGGUCUACCCUGGCUGCGCGGCUUUGUUCAAAGCCCUGGACAGGGACUGGUCACCAGAUGUUGCCUCGUGCAACUUGGUGUUCCUUUCGGCGAGGCCGCAUCUUUACAAGGACCUGGCUGAGAACAAGAGCUUCCACAAGUUCAAGGAGCUCUAUUCGACAGGGCAGCUGCACUGCGUUCCCUCUUUGCUGCCCGGCUCUUUAGCACUAGGCCUGUUCGCCGUGGCCAAGGCUUUUUUCAUACAAGCUCAUGGCUGGCGGGAUGUUGGAGAAAGGAAGGCGGAGUGCUACUGGAAGUUCAAGGCACUCUACGAGGAGUACGACUUUGUCCUUUUCGGAGACAAUGGGCAGGGCGACCUCCUCACGGGGCAGCUCAUCCGUCAGCAGGAGAGCGAGGAGAUGGAGUCCGGAUGCGACGAAAGCUCGUCAUGCUGCUCAUCUUCGCAGGAUUCACCAGAGCCGGAGGAUGAACGUUGUGCCCGCGAUUGCUGGCCGUGGCCAUUCUGGAAGCCAUCGUGCUUGCAAAGGCCGUGGAAGCGGCCUGUGUGCCCUUGGGCAGGCUCGCAGCUCCGCGCCGUCAUGAUCCACCAGGUCAUUCCUUUGGAGGAGAGCAUGGGUCUGGAGAAGGAUAGGCAACGGCCGGAGAACUGGAGGCAGGAGUUGGCAGACAGUGGCAUUUACAUCUUCAGCUGCUAUCCUGACGCGGCUCUCAAGCUUCACGACAUUUCACAAGAUUUGAUCUCGGCCCGACAGCUUCGCAAGGUGGCCGAGGAUGCAAUCGAAAAGUUCGACCACGCCAGGGUGCUCUACCCGGAGUGGGCCAAUGAUUGGUCACCGAUCGAGCGCUCGCUUCGGCAAUCGAUUCGACGCAUCGGAUUUGUGGUGGCUUCCGAGGAUGACAUGGACUUCGAAAGGGAUAGCCGUUCAAGCGGCAGCUCCAGCGAUGGGGAUGAGGAGACCGGACUGGGCGCUCAGCGGGGGUUUCGAUCCACGCCGGGCCCGUUCCCGGACUCUUCCCGCUGCUCCGCCGACCUCGGCUUCUUGCUGUCCGUGGCCCUCUCCAGCCUGGCUUUCUUGGGCGGCAAUCCCGGGCAAGGGCGAAGUGGUGACAGCUCGGAUGCGUGGAAGCAGGAUCCCAACGACGAGAAAUGGAAGGGGCGCAAAUUCGAGUGGUUCUUCACGGAGUCCGAUGAGGACAUCAAGCUCUCGAGCCUCCCUCGACCGGGUUUCCUUCCUCCCGAGUUCUGGGAGGCUUUCUACGAGAAGGGCGUAUUCAUCGCGGUCUUCCAAGCUGCGACGCUGAUUGGCGGCUUCAUCUUGAUUUUCCAAUUUGCACCAUAUGCCAUCAACCAGGUCCUCUACGCACUCACCGGGACAGGGCCACCGCCGUCGCCCUGA